AUGGAGCUGAAUAAGGAAUAAGAUUAGUAAAUUCUCAAACCAGAUAAGUCAUUACAUAAGUAUUAAUCUAAUUUCGAAAGAUAGUCACCAGCAGUUGAAUUUUAAUCAUAAUUAAUCAAAACUUAAGAAGAUGCUCCAAUUCUGUCGACUUAAUAAUUGCCUCCUCACAGAAUCUAAAGCCAAAAGGUCUUGAGAUAAAACAUCUCAAUUCCUUAGGUCUCCUCUUAUCCAGGCACUUACAGUGUUCAACAAAAUUGCCAACAAGCUCCCCCACUUUGUAUGAACAUUGUAGUAGUUUCAAAGGAAGAAAUUGAAACCCCAUGGAGAUUAGAAUGUGAAUAUCUUUAGUCGAUUAUUGGUGAUUUAGAAAGAAGAAAGGAAGCCAAAGUUGUUGAAAAGGAAGUAGUCAAGGUGGUCACUGACAAUACAAGAAUUGAAUCAUUAGAGGCUCAAUUACUACAAUUAAGGAGAGAGAAUGAUCAACUUAAAAAUUAAAUGAUCUAAAUGCGAAGUAGCUAUGAAUAAUAAUUGGAUUCGUUAAGAGGAGAUAUCACCUUACAUAGUUCUAAUGCUGCAGAUGCUGCUUCAUUAUAGGCUGAAUUCUUUGCCAUGAGAACCUAAUUGGAAGAUUAGAUUGCAGGAUUGAGACGAUAAAUUUCUGAUCUAGAACUUCAAUUAAGUUAAUAAUAACAAGAAAACGAUAGACUCAAACAAUUACUUCUAAAUAAGGAUGGAGAAAUCCAAUAACUCAGAAUACAACUAUCAAGAUUAUAAACAAGUGCCCAAGACACAAGUUAAUUGAGAGAUUUAGAAAAUCAAUUGAGAUUAUCUAAGGAUGAGAAUUCAAGACUUGAAAGAUUGUUAUAGUAAGCCAAUUAGGAUAUCUUGAAUUGGAAAAACAAAUGCACGCUUAUUGAGUAGGAAUCCUAUACUAAAAAUAAUGAACUCAUUAUGCAAAUCAGAGAUUAUGAAAAUAAACUAGCUUUAAUAUCUACUGAUAUUGAAAGGUUGCAAAUUCAAAUCAGAAAUAAAGAUGCCGAAUUAAAUGAGUGGAAAUUUAGAUAUACUGAAUUAGAAUCUUAGGGAACUACUGUUAUUCAAGAGAAAGUCACUUAUCUAUCUUAGGAAGUGGAAGUUUGGAAGCAAAAGUUUAUUAAAACCAAUCAUGAAUACAAUAAGUGCUAGGAAGAAUUGACUAUGUGUUAAGCAGAAUUAGAAUCUCUCAAGAAGAGUGGAUCAAAGAGAGAAGUUGUUGUAACUCAAAGAACUGUUACAUCAAGAGCUGGCAAUACUUUAACUGUUACUGGGCCAACUGGAUCAUAAUCUUAGAUUAAAAGAACUGGUUACUAGGAAUGAUUCAUUUAUUUUAUUUAAGUACAAUC